CAUUUCAGUUAAAUGGAGAGUUGGGAUAUUAGCAAUGUGGUAUCUCCUCAUUUAAGUGAUUUGUUAGAUGACGAAGAUCAAGAACUAGAAGAGAUUCGGAGAGAGCAAGAUGCGAAGGAGUGGAUGGCUUUAUGUCAUAUAACAAAAUACAUUUUGAUGUAUUGUGAAAAAUACCUAUGCAAAGAACCUUGUCGUACAUCAAUGCGCUCUGGAAAUGAGUUUAUUCAAGAGAUAUUACGAGGAAAUGAGACUCGAUGUUAUGAAAAUUUUCGACUGAAGAAGGCGGUGUUCAUUGAUCUAUCCAAUGACCUAACUGAUAAAUAUGGGCUUAAACCCACUCGUGGAAUGUCUAUACAUGAAAUGUUAGGCAUAUUCUUGAUGACUUGUGCACAUGGAGUUGGAAAUCGAAUGAUACAAGAUAUCUUUCAACAUUCUGGAGAGACAGUUCAUAGACACUUUCAUAGUGUUUUAAAGGCCGUUUGUAAGCUUGCAAGAGAUAUCAUUCAACCACAUCCAAAUUAUAAUGAUGGUUGCGAUGCUCACAAGCCAUGUAAACAAAGAUAUCUCCCUUUCUUUAAAGACUGUAUUGGAGCAAUUGAUGGCACACAUGUUAAAGCUAGAUUACCGCAAGGUCAAGAGAUACCAUAUAUUGGACGUAAAGGUUAUCCGACUCAAAAUAUUCUCGCCGUUGUUGAUUUUAAUAUGUGUUUUACAUUUGCAUGGGCUGGGUGGGAAGGAGCAGCUCACGAUAGUCGCAUAUUUGCUAAGGCCCUUCGUAGAGAAGAGCUCAACUUUCCACAUCCACGCGGAAACAACUAUUAUCUAGUUGAUGCAGGAUAUUCACACAUGAAAGGAUACAUGGCUCCAUACAAAGGAAAUAAUAAAUGUAGAAGAGCGCACAUUUGGCUUUUGGAAAGCAAGAUGGUCUAUUUUGAGAGACAUGCCAUACUAUCACAUUGACACACAAAGGGACAUCGUACUUGCUACUAUGGCCAUUCACAAUUAUAUUAGAAAGAAAUGCAAUGUGGAUGAUGCAUUCCAAACAGUAGAGAAUGAGAGCUAUAUUCCAUCGGUUGAUUCUAAUGAUAUUGGCACAACUUCAAGAGCUAACAAUGUAGAUGUCGAAGAUGUAGGAGAACAAAAUGAUGUCUAUUGGAUGGGGUUUCGUGAUAUGAUUGCUAGUGACAUUUCUAAUGCUUGAUGCUUGUAUUAGAUGAAUAUUUUCCACUUCUUGUAUUUAUAGUGGAGUGCUUUCGGUUGUAUUAGCACUUUUAUUAAGUACAUCUUAUGCCUGUUGUAAGCUUA